UGACAAGAACAUUAGCAGGUCUAGACUAUGUAGGUCAUGAAUCGGACGUAAAAUACGUAUAAUUCAAUUUAAUUUGGAUUAACCCAAUCCCGGUCUUUCAAAUUAAAGCCACCCGAAAUUAAGGAGGACAUAAAAAGUACUAAUAUAUGGUUUGUUAGAAAAAAACCCAAUGCCUUUAAAGAUAGUAUGAGUAUCAUCGAAAUAAAUGACAUGAAAACGAAAUUGAACAAGAAAAAACAAUGAGUGAGACACUUGUUGGACAACGUGAACAGAUAUUUCAUUUCAUUUAAAUUUUUGAUGAAACUCCUAAAGAAAUAUGGCACAGACAAAUACAAAUCUAUCCAAAUUGCAAGAAAAUUUUACACAUUUGGCAAUUGCUUGUGUGGAUAUCAUAAAACUGCCUCUUAUAGACAUCUUGGAUAACCAUAUCAAGCCGUCGGACCUUAAAACCAAAUUAAAAUCUUCUACAUUAAUCUCUGGGGAUAAACUACUACCAGACCAAAAGAAAAUAUGUUAUACUAAUCCUGGUAUUCCUGAUUAUAACCAAUUUGAUGUGUCUUUGCUGUACAAACUUAUACGAAAUCUGUGUCCUUUGAAACCAACAAAGGAGUGGGGGAAAGAGCCAGACCCUGCGAAUACUCAACUUGGUGAUGACAUAGAACGUCUCAGAUUGUUCAGAAACGAAGAAUAUGCUCAUGCUAACUCUACAGAAAUAUCUGACAGCGAAUUUAAAAAGCAAUGGACAUAUCUACAAACUGUUAUUAACAGAAUUCAAAGUAAUAAAGGAGCAUUCUGUAAAUCUGACUAUAGACAACGUUUGAAUAGUUUAGAGAAGCGUAAACUAUAUUGGGAAGAUUUUGAAAAUUACAAGUUGCUUUUGAAAACCGCACAGUAUAUAUUUAAAGAAAAAGAAGAUACUGAUGGUCCAGAUAUUUGGAUUGAAGGUCCUGAGAAGGUUGUUUGUGGAAGUGCAGCACAUUUCAAAGCAACUGUUAAGGAAAAAAGAGUCUCAAGUUUGUCAGUUACUUGGCAAAAAAUAAUUAACGAUGAGAGUAAACAAAUUGACACAAGUAACAUUAAGUUCAGCCAGAACCUUUGCAUUAAGUCUGUGUGCAAAAAAGAUGAAGGGAAAUACCAAGCAAUUCUCUCGUUUGAAGAGAACGGAGUUAGAAAAACAGUUCACAGCAACAGCGUUUCUUUGCAAGUUGAAGGGGGUAUUCCCGACCUAACAACCAGUCAUGAGACUUGUCUCCAAACACAUUCAGUAAAACUGGUUGGUAACGUCUUCUUGAUUGACGAUCUUCCUGUUAUUGAAGAAAUUUAUUGGUCAAAAGAUGGAAAUAAAAUAGACACCCACGAAAAUGAGGGGAAAUAUUCAAAGGUCAGCCUUGAUGUUCCAUCACUGACCAUUUACAACGUCAACCAAUAUGAUGCUGGACACUACACACUUACUGCAACCAAUGCAGCUGGCACAACUGUCAGUGACGCCAUUGUUCUUGGUGUGCCUGAAAUUGUUUUAGAAGAAUGUGAAGAGCGAUCUGAUGGUUGCCAAAUAUGUCCCGUCACAAUAAAAUCAAUUCCCACAGCUUACAACGUCCAAUGGCAGGUGGCAAACAAACAAAGUGAUACGUUGACACCAUUAGAUGAAAAUGCUGAGGAAUACAGAGGAACAACCAAUUCCAUUCCUCAUUCAGUGUUGGUUGUCAGACGAAAAGAACAACUGAAAAACAACAUCUACCAAAUAAAAGUGCAAAAUUUUAUCGGGGGCAGGAUAAAAAAAAUAUCAAGCAUUUUGAAUAUGUUUUACCAGGACAGAGGAGCCAGUGCAGUGUUCGCAAAACUGUCCAACGCACUAGCUAAAGAAUUUCCUGAAGAAAAAUUAAACCAACUACAUGGCUUAAUUCUCGAUUCAUUAAAAGACAAAUUAUCGAUAGAAAAGAAAGAAACUGCUAGAGAAUAUUUCGACAUCUUGAAGGAGAAUGAACUUUUUACGCCUUCAGACGUAAUCUUUAUGCAGUUUUUGUUGAGAGAAUCAAAUUGUGAAGAACUAAACGAGAAAUGCAUUGCAUACGCAACGACUCAAAAAGCGUUAUGUUUUUACGAGGAGCGACCAAGAAAUGGAUACAAGAAGGUUCAGUUUCAUGUACAAGGAAGCAUAUCAAAUUACACCGCAAGGCAGAUUGUAAUUAUAAAAGAAACUGUUGCUGCUAUUGUCGGGUGUGACAACGAGGAGAUUCAUUUGAAUGGAUUUUGCAAAUCCACCAGCUUCCUCGUAGUUUUAUUGAUGAAAGAGAGAUACGUAAAUGGUCUUUUCAACAUAAAACAGCCGGACAAAGACAAACUGAUUAGCCUAAACAUAAAUUAUUUCAUUGUAGACUCGAACUAUGUAUAUUUAAAAAAAGUAAAAGAAAAAAAGAAGCGUGACAAGAGCCUAGGUCAAAAGAUAAUUGCCCCAGAUUGGUUGCGUCCAUCAAACACUUUCGAGUUACAAGAAGCUAAUCCUCAACCUUAUACAUACCCUGAAGAAAUGGAUCUUUCAAGAAAUGCCUUAUUGGUGGCUGGCAUAGACUUUGGAACUACUUUUUCUGGGUAUGCUUUUGCCACGAGAGUCGACUUUGAAAAUGACCCUUUAAGUAUACAUGUCCCUAGCUGGCCUUCCCCAAGUCAAGAUUUAAUUUGCUUCAAGACUCCGACGACUGUAUUAAUGGACAAGAACGAAGAGUUUGUUGCUUUUGGUUUUGAGGCUGAAACCAAAUAUGCAGAAAAAUUAAGGAAGGGAAAAGGAGAUGACUAUUUCUACUUCCACCAUUUUAAGAUGCUGAUGUAUAGCCAUGCCAAGACUUUGGAUAAUGAUACAAAGAUAUCUGACAUACGAGGCCGAGAAUUACCCGUCUUGAAGGUUUUUGCCUGUGCAAUAGCAUACCUUAAGAAUCAUUUGUUAGACCAUUUAAAAGAGAGGUUUAAAACAGAAGAUAUCUAUUGGGUACUAACUGUUCCGGCAAUUUGGGAUGACAAAGCAAAAUUUAUCAUGCGAAGUGCAGCACAAAAGGCAGGUAUAUCUAUGGAUCAUCUUACUGUUGCAUUGGAACCAGAAGCUGCCUCUAUCUACUGCAGACGUCUUCCUGCUGAGAAACUGAUGGGCGCAAACAUGGUCCAUCCCCUCCAGCCUGGGAGCAAGUAUCUUGUUCUAGAUGCUGGAGGUGGAACUGUGGAUAUAACCGUGCAUGAAGUCGAAAAAAAUGGACAGCUGAAAGAACUUAAACGAGCGAGUGGCGGGCACUGGGGUGGAACCAGUGUGGACGUGGCCUUCAAAAACGCAUUGGCAGAGAUAGUCACAGAAGAAAUGAUUGAAACAUACAGACAAAUGUUCCCAGAAGACUACCUCGAACUGAUCAAGAAUUUUGAAAUAAAAAAACGCUACUGUCAAAAAGGACAAGGCUCCCUUCACUCAGUUAUCACGCUGACUAUCCCCGUCUCCUUUAAUGAGGUUUGCUUAAAUAUGUUAGGCACGGAUUUAGCCACCAUGAUUAGCAAAUUCAAAUUCAGAGAUCAUAUGAUCUGGAGAACUGAUAAACUCAGAAUAAAGAUAAAGUUUUUUGAAACCUUUUUUCAGCCAGCCUGUAAUGGAAUUAUUAAGCACGUAAAAAAGUUAUUCCAAUCAACCAAAAUGAAAGAUGUUAAUAAAAUUCUGAUGGUUGGUGGGUUUUCCGAGUCAUACAUAUUACAAACAGAAAUUCGGAACGCUUUCCCAAACUGCCAAGUUAUUGUUCCAGAAGAAGCAGGUUUGGCUGUUCUACGCGGUGCAGUUUUAUUUGGUUUGUACCCAAGAGUUAUCAACUCUCGCGUUGCGAGAUUAACAUAUGGUGUGGACAUGAAUGCAAUAUUUGACCCAGAAAUACACGAUAAAUCUAAAAAGGACGUAAUAGAAGGAGUUGAAUAUUGUACUGGCAUAUUCGACAAGCACGUAGAGAAAGGUGACCAAUUAGCUUGCGGAGAAGCACAUGACCUCAGAUUUUAUAUUCCAAUAACAAAACAACAAAAUGUUGUAAGUUUUCGCAUUUACUCGUCGUCAAGAAGGAAUCCGUUUUACAUUGAUGAGCCUGGAGUUGCCGUAGUUGGAACGCUACAUAUACCAGUACCGGUUGGAUCGAUAGAUCGCAUGGUAUAUGUGAGGAUGAGUUUUGGUUUCACAGAGAUUACAGUCAAAGCAACUGACUAUAAAACAAAGAAUUGGGAAGAGUGUAGGGUAGAGUUAAUGUAAACCAGUGAAACAAACAAGUCAAAUGAUUAUUUUUCGUAGCUUUCUGGAUGUAAACAUCUUGAUUUUCAUUUUUUACCUUUUCAGUUUUGUAGUAAAAAUUGUGCCUUAUAGUUACAGUCUCUUCCCUAGAAACUGGAUAGUUGUAAUAAAAUAGUGUAGUGAAAAGAUGUGAGUUCUUUGAAUUCAUACUAUUGGGCCAAUUUAACGUUUUACGUCUUAACUGAGAAUAAUCAUGUUAGUAUCAUGUUUGUAUAUGAAUCGUCUUUGUUUUUAGAAUUGAAUUGUUUACAAUUUCAAUAGAUAUUUUUGUCCCUUUUAUGAUUAUUUUUCCAGAAUAAUACAUUUAAUUCGACUCCGCAAGCAAAUUAGGAAUCUCGUAUCCUUUACACCAUUCAUUUUUGGUAGUUGAUUUUAAUCAACUAUCCUAUGCAGUUACUCAGACAAACCGAAAGUGAAACAGUGUUUGGACCUCAGCACAAAUCAUUGCUGCUAACGAGACUUAGUUCUUAAAAAUAUUUGAAAAAUUUGAUGUUAUCUGUUUUUCAAGGAAACUUAUUUAUAAAUACCUUGAAAAUAGUCAGAUUUUAAAUGGUACGAACAAUUUAAAUAUUUUUUGUAGUCGCAUGUAUUCCUACGCCAGAGUUCAAUAUAGUCUUGUUCAACUCGACGCUCGGCUGUCUCUGUAAAUCGGUGUCAGCCGAGCGUUUUGCUAGAGUUCAAUAUUGCUUGGAUUCAUACAAUUUUCGAGAAAUAUUUCUAUUACUGAUACAUAGUUUGAUUGAACUAAUUUUAUCUUUAAAUAUUAUUUAACAUGAUUCAUAUGGGGGUUUCUCGACAUUCUUGUCGAAAAAGUCCAAAAAUUCAUAUUAUAAAAAUGUGCGUAAUUCAAAUUGGAAACUAUAUAUGUACUUGUCAUGCAAAAUAACAUAUCAUUGAUUUUAAAAUAAAAAAACAUCAACAAAAUCAA